CAGAUCAAAGCUCAACCCCCCUCUGUUUCUCAUUUCUUUCCUGUCUCAAAGGAACCAUUUUGUUUCAUCGCAUGUUAUGAUGGAGCUGUUGACUACUUCAGAUACAACAAGCUCGAGUUAUUGGUUGACUUGGAGGGUUUUGAUAUGUUCAGUUAUUGUUUUUACACCAGUUGCUGUAUCAUUGAUCAUAAUUUGCAAAUACGAAGGAUUGAAACAAGUUAAACAUGAUGGAAAAGAAAGCCAGGAAGGUUUAAGUUGUGAUGAGUUGUAUGAUGAUGAUGUUUGGAAGCCUUGUCUUCAAGAAAUCCAUCCUUUUUGGCUGUUGGGUUAUCGGGUCAUUGCGUUUUGUUUAGCUCUUGCUACGAUUGUUUCAAAAACCAUAGCUAGUGGAGCUCACAUCUUUUACUAUUAUACUCAGUGGACUUUUACAUUGGUUACCAUCUACUUUGGGAUCGGAAUGUUUCUCUCUAUUUACGGGUGUUACCAGCAUUAUAAGAUGAGCAGCUGCGGCUUUAACGUACAGCAUGUUGAGAUAGAUGCUGAGCUAGGAUACUACACUCCUUUAACUAACAGAAAAGAUAAAAAUGUACUGAGGAAAGCCUUAAAUCUGCAGGAAAGAUGCAAUGUUUCACAAGCUGCAGGCAUUAGUAGUUAUCUCUUUCAGGUUAUAUUCCAGAUGAAUGCUGGUGCUGUUAUGCUUACUGACCUCAUAUAUUGGUGCCUUAUUUUCCCAUUUCUUACCAUUGAAGAUUAUACAUUGAAUUUCAUGACUGUGAACUUGCAUACACUCAAUGCCAUACUACUUCUCGGUGAUACAACCCUGAAUAGCUUGCGGUUCCCUUGGUUUCGAAUUUCAUACUUCAUCUUGUGGACGGGUGCUUUUGUCAUUUUCCACUGGAUCCUUCAUGCUUGUGUCUCGAUAUGGUGGCCAUAUCCUUUUCUUGAUUUGUCGUCACCGAAUGCUCCAUUAUGGUAUGGUUUGCUGGCAAUCAUGCAUAUACCGUGCUAUGGCAUCUUUGCUUUGAUCGUAAAUACGAAGCAUUACCUGUUGUCAAAAUGGUUCCCCGAGUCGUACCUGUUGAAACGCUGACGGACUUUGCCGAAGUUGCUCAUCAGAUUCAAGCAAUUGAUAAGCACAUGUUUGCACCUAUUAUAUACUGCC